CUCAUGCGCCAUCAAAACUAUUCCGUGCCUUCGCUUCCUUCACAGUCCCAUCCGAACGGGGAGAAUGAAGAUAUACCCUCAGUGCCGCCGCCGGCGUACGAGGAGACAGACGUGCUGGGUGCGCUCAACAACAUGCGGAUAAGCGACCCGACCGGGCGGAUGGUCAUGAACCACGGAGACCCCAUCCCACGCGCAGGUACGUCAAUGUCCGCACGCUCUGCCACGUCCAUGUCCACGCACCCUGCCGCGUCCAUGUCCCCCCACCGCAUGGCGACCAUGCCCAACAUGACAACCGCACACGAGCAAGGAGGCUAUGCGCCUCCGCGCGGAUAUCCAUCACAGCAGGGUUGGGAAAAUCAGCACCCAGGGUAUGCCACGCAGGGCGCUCCUCCCGGACAGAAUUACAAUAGCAUGUACGCAGCGGCCUCCAACCUCCUUGGGAUGGGCCCGCCGCCAGGUGGUGCACUCCCUCCUGGGGCGUAUUAUUACUCUAACAACGGACCUCCUCAGAUACCCCCUAAUAUGCCAGGCUCAUACCUUGGCGCAGGUCCAUACCAGUCUGGCACUCCCUCUAUCUAUUCCGGAUCUUCGCAGGCAUCGCUCGGACGGGCGCCGUCCAUUGCUCCUUCAUCCAUGUCGACCGAAGAAGAGGUCGAGUUCCGGGCCCGCCCGUCGCUGCAACGGUCAGGCACGACAGCGUCCUUCGCUCCUCGCACACAGAAGUCCAAGGCGAUCGAUCUCAGCGCGCCUCCGUUCACGAAGGAGUACAUUGACGAGUACCGCCACAGAAUCAAGGACGAUCCAGAUCCAGAAGCGCACUUCUUGUACGCGAAGUACCUGAUCGAGGCUGCGAAGAAGUUCGGCAAGGACGCGAAGGAUCAGAAAAGCGUCAAGAGAUAUCGUGAUACGCUCAUUGCAGAGUCCUUGAAAGUGAUGCGACGUCUGGCUACUCAGGGCAACGGUUACGACGAGGCCCAAUUCUUCUUAGCCAACUGCCAUGGCACCGGUAUGCUCGGGCUGCCAGUCGACCACGAACGGGCGUACCACCUGUACCUGCAGGCGGCGAAGCAGAACCAUGCGGCCGCAUGCUACCGCGUCGCAGUGUGCAACGAGAUCGGUGCUGGUACGAGGAAAGAGCCGCGGCGGGCUCUCGCGUUCUACCGCAAGGCCGCCUCGCUGGGUGACACGGCCGCGAUGUACAAGCUCGGCUGCAUCCUCCUGCGCGGAUCGCUCGGGGAGCAGGAGAACCCGCGCGACGCGGUGAAUUGGCUGAAGCGCGCGGCGGAGCAGGCGGACGAGGAGAACCCGCAUGCGCUGCACGAGCUCGCGAUGCUGUUUGAGUCGCCGAACAAUAAAGUGGUGCCGUAUGACCCGGCGUAUGCGAAGGAGCUGUACACACGCGCGGGGCACCUCGGGUACACUCAUUCGCAGUACAAGCUUGGGCAGUGCUAUGAGUAUGGCAGCCUGACGUGUCCGGUCGACCCGCGGCGGUCGAUCGCUUGGUAUACGAAGGCAGCGGAGAAAGGCCACUCGGAGGCGUCCACGAUCGCAGUCGCGAUGGGUCGGUGA